GGUCAACAACCUCGACACCUGUCCCUUUUAUUUUGAAACGUCUUUCCGGAAGCGCCACCAAAAGGAAAAGACGUCAAGGAAAAGGGGGUACCGGUCGAGGAAGGAAAUUGAACAGCCAUCAAAGUCGAUGGAGCGACACGCGCGAAAUCUUUCGUCUCGUCAAGCCAACGUCAAAUGUGAAGCAUUGCCAUUGGACGUGCUGAAAGUGGUGGUGGGCGAAGACCAGCGGCCGGCGGGCCCCCGCGUCAAAGAGGAAGACGAGGAAGACCACGAGCGUCGGCCCAUGAAGGAGGAAGAGGAUGAGUGCGACAUUAGUCGGGAGGACGCUUACGUCAAGGUGGAAGAUGAAGGCCGUCGGUCGCGCCUUUGCCAGGAGAUGGCGGGGGCGGAGUCAAGCUGUCACGUGACCACGCGAGCAGAAGACGGCGGCGCCAAGACCGGCCCGCUUCUGGCGCCGCUGCCCGACGGCGAGCCGGCCAAACAAGAAAAAGAAGAAGGAGGAGGAGAUUGGCCUCCUGACACGGGCAACGGCGACGAGCGCUUCAAAUGCGUCGAGUGCGGCAAAAUUUUUGCCAAGCGCAAAAACCUGAGCACGCACAUGUCACUCCACAGCGGAGAAGCCCACGGCUGUUCGUUUUGCGGAAAAGCCUUCAAGAAACGCUACAACUUGCUCAUCCACGCUCGCGUUCACACCGGAGAGAAACCCUACGCCUGCCCCCUGUGCGGCCUCAAGUUCUCCCAAAAGGGAAGUUUGGCGCGCCACGCCGCCAUUCACACGGGCCAGAAGACGUUCACCUGCUCCGUGUGCGACGUCAGCCUCUGCCAGCGCUCCGAUUUGCUCGUCCACUCGCGCAUUCACACCGGCGAGAAACCAUUCGACUGCGCGCUGUGCGGCGCCCGCUUCUCCCAAAAAGGGAGCCUGGCCAGGCACGCCCGGACGCACACGGGAGAGAAACCCUUCUCCUGCUCCGUCUGCUCCGCCGCUUACAGUCGCAGGCCCGCCCUGCUCAACCACGAGAAGACGCACGCCGAUGGGCCGGCACAUGGAGCUGAGCGCAACAAACAAUGAAUCCAAUACGCCGGAGUGACAUGCGUUUUGUUUUUCUUUUUACAUUGUGGAAUAAACUCUAGCUAAAUAGUGAAUCCAAUCACCAGGGACCUCCACGGAGCAGUCGAACCAGGCGGACGUGUGUUGAGGAACCUCACUGGUGUGGAGGAGUUACCCUGAUGUGAGUUGUGGCCUUUUGCCGCCAUCUCGUGGCAUCUCGGUGCCAAGGCACCUUCAGGGCUUCCUGUGAGACAAAAGUUCGGCUCGGUUGUCAUCGUGGUGCUUGCGUUGAAGGAGCUAAUGUAGAAGUGAGUUUUUAGAUAAAAGUAGUGCUCUAGUGCCAUUGGGUUCUUAGGGUCAAUUAAUUAUUUUAAAAGUGAGUUGAGGAGUUCCAACGAGACAAAAGUAUGCUUGGCUCCCAUUUUGCUGCGUUUUGGUUUCAAGGACGCUCGGAUGAAGUGAGUUAAGGGAGUUGCACUGAGACAAAAGUUGUGCCCUGCCGCCAUCUCGCGGCGUCUCUUUGUCCGGGAACUUUUGUACCCUGGCGACCAGUCCCCUCUCUGUCCGCUGGGACGGACUUUGGCUGUCAUCGGGACGAAGGUGAAAAUAAAAAUGAAAGUCUGCACAGCCUGGA